AUGCGCUUCACUCCGACGUGGCAGCGGUGCCUGCUUGCCGUCGGCGCCUUUCUCCUCUCGCCCGUGGCUGGCGAGGACGUAUUAUACUCAUCAUCCCUCAACAGCUGCCAGAAAUCAUCUCUCUUUUCUGCAAGCGUCUUUGACGUCGUCUAUACUCCGAAAAACGACUCGGUCGCGAUCAAAAUUGACGCCAAGUCUGCCAUAACGGGCUACGUCAACGUCACAAUUCAGGUUUAUGCGUAUGGCCAUCCAGUCAUCACCAAAAUCAUCAACCCUUGUGGCCUGGAUGUCAAAGGCUUCUGCCCUAUGGAAGCAAGCAAGUUUCCCGAUGCGCCCUUCAAUAUCAAUCUAGGCAAGGACAGCCGCGACCAAAUCCCUGGUAUCGCAUUUACCAUGCCCGACUUGGAUUUGACAGCCCGAGUCUACAUCACCGAUAGUAAAACCAAAGACUCGUUAGCCUGUCUGGAAGCGACUAUUUCUAAUGGAAAAACUGUCGACUUGGUCGGUGUCAAGUGGGCAACAGCCAUCUGCGCUGGUUUAAUUCUUCUGGCUUCCGUGAUAAUCCAUGCCAUGGGCCAUCACAAUGCCGCUACGCACAUCGCCGCCAACUUCCUCGCUCUCUUUAGCUAUUUCCAAAGCCAGCUCUUUGUCGGUCUGUCCAGUGUUCAUCUGCCUCCUAUGGCAGCAUCAUGGGCACAAAACUUCCAGUGGUCCAUGGGCAUCAUCCGAGUCGACUUCUUGCAGAACAUCAUUACCUGGUACCAGCGCGCCACAGGUGGCUCACCUGCCACUCUCUUUGACCCGGGACGAUCACUGUCUAUCCAAGUUCAAAAGCGCAGUCUUGACUCAUUCACCAGCUCCUCUACCGACGGCCUCAUCAGACGCGACAACAUUCUUGUGACCCCCGGCAAGUAUUUGGUCUAUGGUAUCCAGCGAGUUGCCUACCGCGCCAAAAUUGAGACAACCAACGUCUUUUUAACGGGCUUGGUCUUUUUUGUCCUGGCCAUGGUUUUCGCCAUGCUCCUGGUUGCGAUUUGCAAGGGCAUCUACGAGCUUCUCGUAUCCAGAAAGGUUAUCGGUGCUAAUGACCAUCUUGGCCUCAGCAAAGACUGGACUGUUGUUCUCAAGGGCAUAGUGUAUCGCACAUGUCUUUUGGGUUUCCCUGCUGUUUGCACUCUUGGACUCUGGGAGUUUACCCAGCGCGACUCUCCUGCUGCUGUCGUGCUUGCAGCCUUCUUUCUUGUCGGCAUCCUGGGCCUACUCGGUAAAGCCGCUGUCAACAUCAUCUCCCUUGGUUCGAAAUCCGUCGCUGAAUAUAACAACCCAGCCUUCAUCCUCUUCUCCGACCCGCAGAUCCUCAACAAGCUAGGGUUUCUGUAUAUCCCAUUCAAGGCUUCCGCUUACUAUUUUAUUGCCCCGGCGUUGAUCUACAUAUUUAUCAAAUCUCUGCUCAUCGCUGUUGCGCAACCAGCCCCCGUCGCUCAAGCUAUCGGCUUCGUUGUUGUUGAGAUCAUUGCCAUUAUUGGUGCUGCCAUCAUUCGCCCGUGGAUGGAUAAGCCAACCAACUCGUUCAACAUUGCAAUCUUGGUCGUCAGCUUUCUCAAUGCUGUGUUCAUGCUGAUCUUUUCUGAUAUCUUUGGCGCUCCUCCUAUUGUUGCUGGUGUCGUUGGUGUCGUCUUCUUCUGUCUCAACGCGGGAUUUUCUUUGGUUCUUUUGAUCAUGCUCAUUGUUUCCGCUACUCUGUGCUUCUUCCGCAAGAACCCCGACGCUCGCUAUCCCUAUAUGGCUGAUGACCGUGUUUCUUUCAUCAGAUCACAGACUCAAGUCGACAAGGCCAACGAACUUAGCCUCUUAGCCGCCACUGCCCGUGGUAACGCACCUUCCAGAUAUAUGCAGCUUAAUGGUAGCGAUAUUUCAUUGAGGCCGGAGACAAAGUAUUGA